AUGGGCACCAUGGAGAAGGAACCCAUUCACGCCUCAAGACGGCCCAAGCUCCUCACCUACGAGAAAAUCCAAGAGUGGUCGCGAGACAACGAGUUCAUCCAUACCGGUUAUCGCCCAGAAAAGCCAGACUACAAGGCCAUCUUCCUCAGCCUGACGUACCUACACAACGAGACCUGCAACAUAUACACCCACUUGAUCGGCGCGAUACUGGUAUGGCCUGUCGCAUACAUCUACAUGCGGAUCCUGGCCAACCCAGAGUAUCACAACGUUCUACCGGCGGACUAUGUCAUGUUCACCUUCUUCUUCUUCUCUUGCGAGUUCUGUCUGCUCUCCAGUGCUGUCUACCACCUGAUGCAACCCCACUCGCAUAAGGUGGAACAGUUUUGGCAUGUGAUGGACCUGACUGGCAUUGCCGUCAUCAUCGCUGGCACAUUCGUUGCGGCUAUCUACUACUUCUUCAUCUGCCAGCCGGCGUUCCAGAUCUUACACUGGGUUAUUACCAUCGUCUCGGGCUCGGCCUGCGUUGCUCUGAUCUCGAUACCGAAGUUCAGGACCCUGCGCUGGCGCACUCUGAGAGUUGUCGCCUUCUUCCUCUUCGGACUAUCAGCCUUCGUUCCUCUACUUCAUGGCGUCGGUCUUCACGGGUCCAGGUACAUGUUCGAUUACAUGGGGAUGAAGUGGUAUCUGAUCGAGCUUUCGUUGUAUGCGACAGGCACUUUCAUCUUCGCAACUGGGCCUCCCGAACGGUUUGCUCCCGGCAAGUUCGACUUGUUUGGCAGCUCACAUCAGAUCUUCCACCUCCUCAUCUUGGCCGCUAUGUGGGUCAAUUGUCUGGCUCUUACGCAGAGUUUCAAGUCGGCUCACACAUUAGAUUUGUGCCACUUACGGUGA